AUGCGAGCAGAAGUCGCAGCCCUACUGGUGAAGGGUGCAAUCGAGCUGGUCCCUCCAGCCGAGAUGAAGUGCGGGUUCUACAGCCACUACUUCAUUGUACCCAAGAAAAGCGAGAAAAGAGGCGAAAAAUCCCGGAGAAUUAUCAUGCAGAAACACUCCUCGAAAAUGUCAAAGGAUAUCAUGAAGAUUUUCAACGACCCCAUUCAUGGCCACAUUGAGCUGCACCCCCUGCUGGUGAAGAUCAUUGACACUCCUCAGUUUCAGAGACUCCGACACCUCAAACAGCUCGGAACAAAAUAUCUGGUGUAUCCAGGCGCCACUCACACGCGCUUCGAACACUCACUUGGUGUGGCAUUUUUAGCAGGAUGUAUGGUCAAGAAUCUACAUGAGAAUCAGCCAGAGCUCAACAUUACCAAACAGGAUUUCCUAUGUGUCCAAAUUGCUGGUCUGUGUCAUGACUUGGGUCAUGGUCCAUUCUCUCAUUUGUUUGAUGGCAUGUUCAUUUCUGAGGUCCGGCCUGGUGACAAAUGGGAGCAUGAGGAUGCGUCUCUUCACAUGUUUCACUGCAUGAGAAAGAAGAAUGGACUGGGCAAAGAGAUGGAACAAUAUGGACUGAAUCUAGAUGAAGACAUUCCCUUCAUUGAGGAAUUAAUUAAGGGAUGCAAAACAGAUAAACAGUGGUCAAUGAAGGGCAGAACUGAAGACAAGUCUUUCCUGUAUGAGAUUGUUGCAAACAAACUGAAUGGCAUUGAUGUAGAUAAAUGGGACUAUUUUGCACGAGACUGUCAUUAUCUUGGAAUCCCAAACGGAUUUGACCAUCAACGUCUGCUGAAAUCUGCUCGUGUCUGUAAGGUGGAUGGGAGGAAUCACAUCUGCUUCAGGGACAAGGUAGCAGAUAAUAUUUAUGGCAUGUUUCAUACUCGGUACACACUUCAUCGUCAGGCCCUUCAGCACAAGAUCGGCUACAUCAUUGACGUCAAGAUUAAGGAUGCUCUCGUUCUAGCUGAUGACAAGCUCAUGCCGGGUCGCAAAAUCUCAGAUGCCAUAUAUGACAUGCCAGAGUACACCAAACUCACAGAUCACAUCUUUGAUCAGAUCCUGCACCAGUCAGACUCAAAGCCUGAUCUGACUGAAGCCAGAGGUAUUCUAAAUGAUAUCCUCAAGAGACGUCUGCCAAAGUUUGUUGGAGAGGCCCGACUCAAAGAAGAAGAUUUAAAGGAAAAAGUGAAGGCCAGAUUGAAAGAACAGCCUGAUAAAGUCUCCAGGAGUAAAGUCUAUCAGGAAGAACUGUGGAAAGACUGGAGGGAAAAGAUCAAAGGUCAUCAGACUCUGAAGGAUGAAGACUUUGACAUCUAUGUUCUUGACAUGGGAUUUGGUAAAGUGGGUAAUGAACCCAUAGAAAAUGUUCAUUUUUACAGCAAGAAUGAGCCAAACAAAGCCUUCAAGAUGGAGAAGUACCAGGUGUCCAGUCUCAAGCCAAAGAUGUUUCAUGAAUGGCUUGUGAGGGUGUACUACAAAAACACUGAUUAUCAGAACAUCCAGCAGAAAGCAGAGGAGUUCUUUCAUGAGUGGUGCAAGAACAAUGAGUUCAUUGAUUCAGGCAUAAUGUCAUAA